CACCCUCUUCUACGAUAGAAAAAGCUGCUUUUAUUCACACUCGACACAAUGGACAAAUCUCCGAAAUUAAAAUGAAAAAUUUAACCGCAUCAUGUUGAGCAUGGGCGGAUCGGAUCUAGUUUUAUUCAGUUACGUCAGGUCCGUUGCACCGUGAUCCCUCGUCUUUCGUAUGGCACUUUUUUUCUAUAGUUUACAUGGCGAGCUUUUUCUAUGGCACCUCGACGCGGGCGCAAAAAACAACAAAAGCUUGAGUGUGAGCCGAGACAAGGGUCGCGGGCGGCAGUCAGCCGUAUGCGCCCGGCGAACGAGGUCGCCUCGACCGCUUCUCGCCCUUAACUAGUCCGAUAAACUAAUAACAUACCCGGUGUUUCUAGGAUCUGCCAGGAAACAACAAAUAGUGCUAAUGAAAAUGUUUCGACGUUAAGUGAUAUAGUUUUCCGAUGUCGACGAACGAUUUGAUAUCAGUGUCAACAGCGAUGUAAGUGAUAAAAGCGGACGUUUUACAAGUGAGAUGGAAAUGAUGGGAUUGUGAAGUGGAUAGACGCAUUCCAAACGUCAAGAUGACGAUGAAAUCGCUGAAGUACAGCGAGAGGGAGGAUAUGAUGGAGGGCUUCAGCCCGGUGCCGCCGCCGCUGCCGCGCCGGCAGCCCGUGCGCAACAUCUACGCCGAACCCUUCGUAGACCCUAGAUUGGGCGGUUCGGCCAUGUCGGGCAACUUGGGCGGCGGCACGCUCGGCGGUGGGCACUGCCAGCUGGCUAACCAGCCGCUUGUGAUGCCGGUGUUCCCGCUGCGCGCCAGCCAGCCCAGCCCCGUGCCGGUCUACUCCCCUUCGCGCUUCCACAUAGACAAACGGUGCCAGCAUCGCUGCACGUGGAAGUGUCUCGCUAUCGCCAUGAUAUGCCUCUGUGUCAUCCUAGCGGCAAUGCUCGCCUAUUUUAUAGCGUUAUCGUCAAUUAAAAAUAAUUAUAAUAUAGACAAUUCAAAUUGCAUGGUUAUGGUUCAAGACGUAAAAGCAGUUACACACGCACAAGGAGUUAGGGACGCUUUAUCAACAUCUUCGCCGUCGGAUGAAUCAAUAUCAACAUCGUCGCUUGGCGGCUGGUCGACGACGGCGGAAGCGGCAAUAGAGUCGGCAGUGAUACCACAGCAAGCACAGCAAGCUGCACUGCCGCCCUGGUCACCAGCUCUAGAAGUUAGAGAAUUCGACGAAUUACACAGUGCAACGAUACCUGCAUACCAGUUCUGGAGUUCUGAAUUCCGCAACAAACAGCCCGCCUACGUUAGCCUUAAUUUCACCGUACCCUGGGGAGCCAAUUUUGCCGUAUACGGAAGAAGGAAUGUCGCUCCUAGCGUGACACAAUACGACUUCGUAGAAUUCAUUCGAGGUGGCAGGGUCGACCAUAGGCUAAGGCGGAGACGGAGUCCGCAUAGACACGACAUACGCGAACACGAUGGCUUUGAAACAUUACUAAGCACGAUUAGCCCAUUUCAGAGAUGGAACCAUACGAUAAGCAAGAGAUCGACUGAUAUGCGAGUAAAUGUCAGUAUACUACAGUAUCUCGACACAGGAAGAUGGUUUAUUUCGAUGUACAAUGAUGAAUUGCAGCCACAUAAAGUCGAGAUGAUCGUUUCCGAAGCCGAAGGAGUUACGAAUUCUUGCCCCGAUGAUUGUUCUGGCCACGGUUCAUGCUAUUUAGGAAAAUGCGAAUGUAUGGACGGAUACGAAGGACACGACUGCUCUAAGAGUGUAUGCCCCGUACUGUGUUCCGGGCACGGCGCGUACGCAGGAGGAGUGUGCCACUGCGCCGAGGGCUGGAAGGGCGCCGAGUGCGACGUCCCGGCGCACGACUGCGAGCCCGCCGACUGUUCCGGCAAGGGCCAGUGCGUCGCGGGCCACUGCCGUUGCAAGGCUGGAUGGAAAGGACCUAAGUGUGAUGAAGAGGACUGCUUGGACCCGACGUGCGGCGGGCACGGGUCGUGCGUGCGCGGGCGCUGCGUGUGCCGCGCGGGCUGGCGCGGUGCGGCGUGCAGCGAGCGCGACGCGCGCGUUCAGCGCUGCCUGCCCGCGUGCUCGCAGCGCGGCGUCUACGACCUCGACGCUGGGAAGUGCGUCUGCGAUCCGCUGUACACUGGGGACGACUGCGCUAAAGUGGUAUGCUCAUUGGAGUGCGGACCGCAUGGCGUAUGUGCCGAGGGCGUGUGCCGCUGUGAUGACGGCUGGACCGGCUCGCGCUGCGACCAGCGGCCGUGCGACCAGCGCUGCCAUGACCACGGCCAGUGCAAGAACGGGACCUGCGUCUGCACGCAGGGCUGGAACGGUCGACAUUGCACGUUGCCCGGCUGCCCCAACGCCUGCUCGCGGCACGGCCAGUGCCUCUUGGAGGAUGGCGUAUAUCGCUGCUCCUGCGCCGAUGGAUGGGCUGGCACUGACUGCUCCAUCGCACUGGAAUUGUCUUGCACCGAUAACGAAGAUAACGACGAAGAUGGCAUGACCGACUGCUCCGACUCUGAGUGCUGCACGCGGCCCGAAUGCGCCGACCACAUCAUGUGCCUCGCCUCCAACGAUCCCGUCGAGGUUCUGCUGAGGAAACAGCCGCCCUCCGUCACCGCUUCCUUCUAUCAACGUGUUAAAUUCCUGAUAGAGGAAAACUCAGUACAGAGCUACGCACACAUGGACGAGUACUCGGAAAGUCGCGUGUCCGUGAUGCGCGGGCAGGUGGUGUCGCCGCAGGGGCUGGGCAUCAUCGGCGUCAGGGUCUCGGUAGACCGCGAGGCGCGCUUCGGUUUCACGCUCACCAGGCAGGGAGGAUGGUUCGACGUACUGGUAAACGGCGGCGGAGCCGUGACCCUGCAGUUCCAGCGGUCGCCGUUCAAGCCGCUGCGGAAGACUGUCUUCGUGCCCUGGAACCAGAUCGUAGUACUGCCGCCUGUUCAGAUGCAACUCAGCGAUGACAACGUCAAAGUGCCGACACCGAGAGCACCGCCGCGGCUGGACUGGACGCCGUCUCCACAGUGGUGGGAGGUGCAGGCCCCGCCGUGCGCGGCGCACGAUCACGAGCGGCUCCGGCCCGAGGUCGUGGCCGUGCCGCCGCUGGCCGCGCCCGCCGCCUCGUCCGCUACCACGCCCACCGUCAUCUAUCCUGAGGCUCAGAUUGUAAGCGAAACCAUCGGAAUCCCUGGUUCUGCAGUGAAACUGACAUACCGGUCGUCCCAAUCCGCUGGUUAUCUUUCCUGUGUGCACGUCCAGCUCACUCGAAAGGUCGUGCCCGCUGCGCUGGGCCGAGUCCAUGUGAGGGUUGAGAUCGAAGGAUCCCUGCACACACAUACGUAUGAAGCUGAUCCUGAUUUGACACAUGUGUUCGCAUGGAACAAAAGAAACGUUUACAAACAGAAGGUGUAUGGCCAAGCUCAAGCUAAGAUCUCAAUUGGAUACGAGUACUCGUCAUGUUCGUCGAUCGUAUGGGAGACACAAACUGCUACCUUGGCUGGCUUUGAUGUGGACAUAUCUGACAUUGGAGGAUGGGGCUUGGACAUUCAUCAUCACUACAAUUUCCAUGAAGGAAUCCUACAGAAAGGCGAUGGAGCGCUGCUUCAUUUGAAACAAUACCCUAGGACCGUGCAGGUUGUGAUGGGAACUGGCCUCCAACGUCCGUUAAAUUGUCCUGAUCACUGCAAUGGUAAGGCAGCUGACGCUCGUCUCCUGACUCCAACCGCAUUAACCUCUGGACCUGAUGGAUCUCUCUACGUUGGAGAUUUCAAUCUUGUGCGCCGAAUUACUACGGAAGGAAUCGUAACUACUGUUCUUCGACUAGAGACCACACAAGUUGCAUAUCAAUACUACAUGUGUAUAUCACCAGCAGAUGGAAAUCUUUACAUAUCAGACUCCGAAAGGCAUCAAGUGCGGAAAGUAAUCGCUCUAGAGAAAGUGCGUGACCCAUCCUUGAAUUCUGAGCCAGUGGUGGGCAACGGAGAUCGUUGCGUACCUGGCGACGAAUCAAACUGCGGUGACGAAGGGCCAGCUGAUAAGGCUAAACUGUCUCAUCCCAAAGGACUUGCCAUUGCUGCAGAUAGAACGAUGUAUAUCGCAGAUGGAACAAAUAUAAGAGCCGUAGAUCCAAAUGGAAUUAUUCAUACGUUAGUAGGUCAUCAUGGGCAUCACAAUCACUGGUCACCAGUUCCCUGUCGGGGUGCCAUUGCUCCUUAUGAAGCACAGCUUCAAUGGCCUACAGGAGUAGCUCUCUCGCCUUUAGACGGUUCUCUUUACUUCAUCGAUGACAGGAUUAUACUCAAAUUGACUGUCGAUAUGAAAAUUAAGGUUGUCGCUGGUCAGCCUUCACACUGCCGAUUGAGCAGUGAUGGAAAACAUACCAGCAAAGCAACAAAUAAAACUGACACUGAAUUCAGAGAAGACUCCAGUCUGGGAACGAUUCAAGCUUUAGCAUUCGCACCAAGUGGAAUUUUAUAUGUGGCAGAGUCCGAUUCCAAGAAAACGAAUGCGAUUAAAUCUAUCGAUCCUUCUGGAAAAAUUAUGCACUUCGCUGGAAAAGUACAAGAAAACUUGAAAGAGUUGAGUUGUGAGUGCAACUCGUCAGUGCCUGUAACAACCGUGCCGGCGAAUGCACGCGACGAAGGCGCGGGUUGCCCGUGCCGCCUGAGCGUCGCGGCGGGAGACGAACCUCCGACCAGUACAGAAACCUUGUUAUCCUCCAAUGCUAAGUUCCAAACUAUUUCUGCUCUUGCCGUUACCCCGGACGGUGUGCUUAACGUUGUCGAUCAAGGAUCCCUGCAUAUUUUGGCAUUGAAACAUUACCUGCCAACACAUGACGAGAACGGAGAAUUCAGAAUCCCUAAUCCACCAACAUCGGAGAUUUAUGUGUUCAAUCGCUACGGACAACACAUUACUACGAAAGAUUUAACUUCAGGAAAGACAAGAUAUUCAUUCUUAUAUUCGAAGAAUACCAGCUUUGGAAAACUAUCUGCUGUUACUGACGCGUCGGGCAAUAAAAUACAGCUACUUAGAGAUUACAGUAAUGUGGUCAGUUCCAUUGAAAACACUCAAGACCACAAACUUGAAUUGAAAGUCUCGGGUAUUGGUUACCUAACGAAGAUAACAGAGAAGGGUACAACUGAAAUUGAAUUAGAUUACGAUGCUAACACAGGAUUACUGAACAGCCGUUCUAGGGCUGGAGAUACCGUCAUCUACAACUAUGAUGAACUCGGACGAGUCACCAAAAUAAUAAUGCCUUCUGGAGAACCAGUCCACAUAACUUCGGGCCUUGCCAAGAAUUAUGGCUUGGCGGUUACCGUAUCCAAUCCAUCUAGCAGCAUACCUGUUGGAGUAGCUAAGAAAUGCGAAUACGUUCUUCAUGGCCAGUCAUUUAAACAGAUCACAAUUAAUAACGGCAAACAAGUCACCGAGGGACGUAUCUAUUCUAACAACACUUUGCUGCUUGAAACUCCAUGGACGGGCAAGUUUGAGAGCAUCGCGGCUGCCAAACAUCCACUUCUAGAAGCAGCAUUACCCAUCGAGGCCGAGAUGCUUCAUAUGUGGUCUCAUCAAACUACCACAUUCGGUGACAACCUCAUCAACAACAUGUACUCUCUGUAUACACUUGUAGGUGACGUCAGGAAUCCCCAGCAAACCCUUAAUAGAGAAAUAUGGGUGAAUGAUACAAGAGUUUUGAUUAUUGAAUUCGAUCAAUUUAAGAGUCGCGAGUCCUUCUUUAAUGCUGACAGAAAUCCCUUGUUUACAAUAGCAUACGAUGCAGGAGGAUUACCGUUGUCAUUUAUACCUCAUGGCGCUGGAGUACCGCUCAACAUUUCUUACGAUAGAUUCUUUAGGAUCAACGGUUGGAAGUGGGGUGUCAGCGAGGAAACGUAUAAUUACGAUUCGCAUGGCAUGCUAUCCGAAAUAACCAGUCCUCAAGACGGCACAAAGAACGUCUAUUAUAAUGAUGCAAACCUCGUAUCCAAGAUAACAUUAGCUAGUCAAAGAAGCUUUAAGUACCUUUAUGACGAUGACGGUGGUUUAACUCACGUCAUCUUGCCUUCCGGAACUAACCACUCAUUCAGCGUCCAACCUUCUAUUGGAUUCUUAAGAAUGACAUAUGCUCCUCCUGGUUCUACAAAGAAAUAUUUGCAACAUUAUUCUCAUACUGGAGAGCUUCUUCAGACGGUGUUCCCCGGCGAUGGCGCUAGAGUGGUUUACCGUUAUUUUACCACCAACAAAGUAUCGGAAGUUGUUCACGGCGACGGUCAAACACAGAUACAUUAUUCUGAAAGCAGCGGGCUGCCGUCAGAAAUCUUGCACGUGGACCGUGAUGUCGACUACCGCUGGGAGUCUACUUACGCUGGAGGUCUGCUAAUGGAGGAGAGGCUUGAUUACGGCGCCAAAACCGGCCUUAGUAAUGCGAAGAUAAUCUACGAAUAUGACAACAACUACAGAACAACCGCUGUUCAGGGCCGUAUCGGUGGUCAGACACUCAUUCCUCACCAUAUAGUGUACAACCCUAAAACUGGAGCUCCGGAAAUCUUAGGACAGUUUACUGUCUCUAAGCAGAAAUGGAAUGAGACGUCGGUAUAUGAUGGAAUAGCGAUGUUCUCUCGAGUCUUAAAUAACCAAUUCCUCGAGAAAGAAGUUACUGUUAACAUCCAUAGGAUGGAAGUAUUCAGAAUGGAGUUUUCAUAUGACAGACACGGACGGAUUUCACAGACGCGAACCCACACCAGAAAUGUGGGAGUCAAUACGUACACUAAUGUCAAGAAUUACACUUGGGACUGCGAUGGCCAGCUCACUGGAGUUGAAGCUCAAGAACCAUGGGGAUUCCGAUACGACGACAAUGGGAAUAUGCUUUCAUUAACUUAUAGAGGGAACACUAUUCCUAUGGAAUAUAAUGAUAUGGACCGAAUUAUCAAGUUCGGUGAAGGGCAAUACAGAUAUGACAGUAGAGGUCUAGUGUCCCAGAACGCUAGAGAAGAACGGUUCCAGUACAACUCGAAAGGAUUACUCAUUAGGGCAACAAAACGAGGCAGAUUUGAUGUCCGAUACUACUAUGAUCAUCUUGAUAGACUUUCAACUCGUAAAGAUAAUUUCGGAAACGUAACUCAAUUCUUCUACACAAACAAAGAUAAACCUCACGAAGUCAGCCAUAUCUAUUCUCCGCGUGAAAACAGGUUUAUGACAUUGGUUUAUGACGACCGAGGACAUCUUAUUUAUACACAGGUCGCGCGACAUAAGUAUUACAUUGCAACUGACCAAUGCGGCACACCCGUCAUGGUUUUUAAUCAAUACGGAGAAGGCAUUCGAGAAAUCAUGAGAUCUCCAUACGGCCACAUAGUCUAUGAUUCUAAUCCCUACUUGUAUCUACCUGUCGAUUUCUGCGGUGGGCUUCUCGAUCAAGUCACGUCGUUGGUUCACAUGGCUAAUGGCAAAGUCUAUGACCCGCUGAUUGGACAAUGGAUGUCACCAAUUUGGGAGGACCUCAUAGAGAGGAUUCAUAACCCUACACAACUGCAUCUCUAUAGAUUCAAUGGAAAUGAUCCGAUCAAUGUCAGACCACAAAAUAAGAAGCCAACGGAUCACCUGGCAUGGCUGAAUUUACUCGGAUACAACACAAAGAGUCUGGCGCCGCAACUGUACCCCGACGAGCUGCCGGGCGGCUCGGUGCUGCCCGCCGCGCCCCGCGGCCGCCCCGCGCGGGCCGCCUCGCCCGCGCCCAGCCUGCCCGCCGCCAUGGCGCUGCUGCCCAGCGUCACCAUCGAGUCCGGCUUCCUCUCGCACAUGUCGAACAAGAGGAUAGCGGAUUUCAGAAGUCUCUCGAUCCCCGCCAUGUCCGAGCUCAAGACGGACGCGCUCGACCUGGCCCCGAAGAGGAUCGGAUCCGACUCGGAGCCGCCGUUCGGCCGCGGCAUCCUCGUGUCGAGGAACUCGCGCGGACGCGCCGUCGUCACCGCCGUGCCGUCCGCGAACGCCAUAUACCGCGACGUGUAUACGUCGGUGUUCAACCGAUCUCACCUGCUGCCGUUCUCGCUGGUCGUGCACGGAGACCAGCAGGACGUAUUCUACUUCGUGAAAGAGGAGACGUGGCGCGCCGCCGACGACAAGCAGCAGCUGAAGCGCAUGCAGGGCAAGCUGAACGUGACGUUCCACGACGUGACCGAGGGCGGGCGCUCGUACGCGGACGUGAAGAUCCACGGGAAGACGAGCGUGGUGAACCUGCGCUACGGCACUAGCGCCGAGCGCGAGCGCACGCGGCUGCUGCACCACGCGCGCGCGGCGGCGGUGCGCAAGGCGUGGCACCGCGAGCGCGAGGCGCUGCGCGGCGGGCUGGGGGGCUCGCUGGACUGGGCGGCGGCCGAGCUGGACGAGAUCCAGAAGGCGGGCUCGGCGGCCGGCUACGACGGCGAGUACGUGCACGACGUGGCGCGCUACCCCGAGCUGGCCGAGGACCCGUACAACGUGCGCUUCGUGAAGAAGCGCGCCGACCGCGCCGAGCGCCGCCGCCGGAAGCGCGAGUGCACCACGCCCUGGUGGCUCCGGGAGGACUUAUGCUAGUGACGUGCCGCCAUCCAUAUGCCAAAUCGUGUGAAUGCGACCGGGGAGCGAGUGAGGAUGGAUGACUGCACGAGUGAAUGUCGAUAAAUAUAUUUUGUAAAUAGUCUAUUAAUUGUUAAUUGUUGAUGUAUGUAUGUACGUAUGGUAGACGCGAAUCCCUAUCGCUGUGUAAAUAGUAAAUUUUAAUUUGCAGGGAGAGAAUGGACCUUUUGAGAGGACUGAUAUUAUAAAUGUAAUGUAUGUAUAAAUAAGACGAUUUAUGUGAAUAUGAAAUUAUUUAUACUUAUUUAUCGGUAAAAAGCUUCGAUUGUGUCCAAUGUUCUUAUAAAAUUUAGAUGAAAACUAUUUGAAAGAAUAAAAGGCAUACUUUUUUAACCAAAAACAA